GAUGUACUUUCAUACAAAUGAACAAAACAGGAAUAAGAAAAGGAGAAAGUCUUCCCUCUGGCUGAGGAUGAGGAUCGUCGCUGUGGUUCCUGGAUUCAGGUCGGGCUUAAAGAACAGAGUCGGAGGAUCUGAGGGGAGUUUGGCAGGAAGUCAGAGCAGCAGGAGGCUUCAUCGAGUGACUCGGGGACGAGUCCGUCAAAGUGUGGAACGAGUAUCACACAAUCUCCUCCUGCAGCAGCGAGUCUUCUCUGUCUGCAGCUGCACGAGGCAUCCUUUGGUUUCUAACUGGAUCGCCCUAACGAUGUGGAAUCUGACAUUUGAGCAGCAUUUUAAUGAACACCGCUCCUGGAGCUGCUGCUGUCGACCAACCAAUCACUUCUGUCGCUGCCCUUUGAAUGUAAUAGUUUGUAAAUGAUAAUGAUAAUAAAAACGGAGAGAGUUCUUCAAACUCACAUUUUAAUACUUAAAAAUCUCUCACCCCCCCCUCCGACAUCAGAAUAAGAGCCACAGAUUAGAAGGGACAUACAUUUGGUUGUGUUACAUCUCUUUAUAGUUGUUUUGCAUCACUCUUUGGUGGAUUUGCUUCCCUCUUUGUAGUGGUUUUGCAUCUCUUUAAUGGUCACUUUGCGUCUCUUUUUGGUAAUCUUUUGGCUUUACAACUCUUUAAAGUGGUUUUGAAUCUCUUUGUGUUGGUUUUGUGUCUCUUUUUGGUCGUUAUUUUCUUCCAUUGCGGUCGUGCUGCUGCACAGUGAGGCUCAUUUACAGGACAGUUUAGAAUCCCGGCACCUUGCUAACAUCACAUGAAAGCUGUUCCCCACGGUGCUCAGCUUCUCCCAUAUUUGUCUGAAGCGUGUCUGAAGGUCGUCGCUCCCACACGUCAGGCAGGAAGUGGACCGUUUGUCAGCCUCUCGGAGGCUCUGUUUAGAGAUAACAAUGGCUGGCGGGUGGCAGCAGGCCGCUCUCUGGAGUUCACAGCGAACGGCUUGUCGUGCCACUAUUGUUCGUCUGUUUGUGUGCCGCGCUGCUGGCAACGAGCAGCAUCGUUACAGAGUUAUGGCGCGCCACAUCAGCGUUCGUCACUGCCCAGUCUCCAAGCUCUGACUCCCAACAGAGCAGUAAUAGUCAGCAUAUUAUCAUCAGCAACUUCAUGGCUACUGUAACUCAACAUGUGUGCUACAACAUGAGCCUUAGAUGACUCAUCACAUGAUGGAAAACUAUGCUAGGUUGGGAUACUGACUGUAAACAAACACCAGUGUUUAAAAGAUGCAGGAGCCGGAGAGAAGAGGCGCAGACGAGGGGAGUCGGAGCCGAGGAGGAGGCAAUGAGACGGAAAGAGAGGAGAGAUAAGAAUUAUAAAAAGAAGCGACUUCAGGAUGGAAGUAGUUGUUUUUUCUUCUUCUCAAGGGUGGAAGCAAGAGACAGAAAAUAGAGCAGAACAUGUGAAAGCUGCAGAGAGUGAAGGAUGAGGGACUUCUGAAGAGGAAAGAUAAGAUGAGGGGAAACAAAUCGCUGCGUACACAAACUGCAGGUGUAACAGAGAGAUGAGGGGAGAUCAGGAGAGGUAGAGACAGAGAAAGGGUUCAGGCUGGAGAGACACAGCGGGAGGGACCAUCACUUCUGAUGGAUGUGGGAUUGUGAAAAACUUGUGGAAGAAAGGCGAGAGGGAGCGAGACAGGAGCCGAGUUUAUCUGCAUUGCUGUACGAAACACAGUCAGUGGAGCGUUGUGAAGCCGUCAGCAUUAAUUCUCCCUCGCCGUGCAGAUCUCAGACGCAUCUGCAUCCCGGCUCCCCGGCACUGCGGGAUUAAUCUCCCGCACAUAAUUUAAUCUCAUCCACAUAAUUUAGGCGUCGGCAGCGUAAUCUGCAGGCGUUAGCAGAUCCCGAUCACUUCUGUGCAGCGUAAAUAAGAAAAGUCAUCAUGUGGAGGGUUUGAGGAAAGUGCGUUUAUUAUGACGGCAAAAUGCAGAACCUCGAGGUCGGCCUGAGCCAAAGCACCGCUGGAUUUAACUUUAGGUAACAGGAAGCACUACAUCAUAGUGCUGUUCUAUCUGCAGCACACUCAGCGGGUCGGUGUGAGUUUCUCACUGCGUUCUUUAAAAAAACCUCAAUUAGCAGAAGGCUCACCGCAGCGUUUCGGUCUGCAUCUGGUGUAACCGAGGAGUCCUCUCAGCAGGGACUCGCUCCGCGGUGGUAAAAAAGAAGGUUUUGGUGAGAUCUGGAUUAACCUGCCAGCACGCUGUGACCUCCUGGAGCUAAAGGUCGAUACAGAGAUGCAUGCUAAUGUUCAGCUGCUCUGUUUAGCUGCAGUCUCUAACAGAUAACAUGCAUAAAUAGCCUGCGAGGCACACGACUUAAGCAUAAAAAUCAUGUGGCAAAUAAAUAUGAAACAUGUUUGAAGAAUUACUUACAACAACAUGUUUUUCCUUUUGUUAGAAGAUGUAACUCAAUUGUAAUGACAGAUGAUGAAAUGCAGAUUUAAAUCAGCUGGUCUUGUGACUUCAUGCUGGUUUAGGCAAAGACAAAUCAGAUAUAAUCAAUAUUAUUUUCAAAAUCAAAGCGACAAUGUGAAAGGUGGUUGAAUCUGGAACUCCUCUCGGCUUUUCGGGGCUUCGUCGUGAGUUUCAGCUCAUUGUUUUUCUUUCCGGCCACAACUUUAGAAGAAGAAGUAGCUGUGAAACGAGACUCAGCUGGAGACUGGCUGGUGGAGACAGCGGAGCAUUCAGCAGAUAAGAUGAAAACACAAUCUGUAGUGUUUUCAUCUUAUCUUCAACAAUGCUGCUGCUGUCGCUGUUUAAUCUCACUCAUUUAGUUCAAUGGGUAUGUUACAGUUGAAUGCCUAAAUAGAAACAAAUCAGAGUAAAAUACAAUAAACUUUGUUCUAUGAGUUUCCUUUCUAUGUAUCCGUUUACUGUCGUCAUUGAAUUAAAAUCAUUUAUGUUAAAAGGACAAAUAUUCAGCUUUAUUGUCUUGAGUACUGAAUACAUUGAUUGUCAUUGUGACAUUGAUUUUAAAUGCCACAUUAUGAUCAAAUCACAACAACAAACAAACACACACAUAAAGUGAAGAAGUGUAUUGUAUUCAGUGUUUCUUUCUUAGUUGAAUUCUGAUGUUUUAAAUCUUCCAGAAUACGUGAAAUCUUCCUCUGAAAUAAGCAGUUUUGGCAUCACGGCAGUCUUCUCUUUGUCCUCCGAUCAAAUGUAUUGAUAGAGCACUUUUAAAAUCAAAAGACAAGACAGUAAAACAGCAUAGUGAUCUGAUGAUACCACCUCUCUGGUCCUACUUUCUUAGAUGAAAUAAUACAUUCAAGUCAUUUCCAGUUUGUAUUGUUCAGUCUAAUCUUGUCUGGUUCAGUUAAACCCAGCUCAGCUCAGCUCAGUCUCCAGUCACUCCUGGUCACUGAAGAUCACCCUGGAUGUGAAUUCAUUCACUGCAAAUAAAUCAUCUAAAUUAAAAAGGCAGACUGCAGCUCAUUACAAGAAGGUCAGACACAUACAAGAUGCUGAGGUCACGGCGUCUUCUCCCGCCUCCUCUUCCUCUGCGGCUAAUAGAGUUUAAUCAGCCUCGUUAUUGCUGAAAUAAAUGAGAGCAUCACAUAGAGAGAACAAACACACACUCUGUGUUCUGGGGAAUGACUGUCAGUCCCGCCGUGACUUUAAAUAUCCCGCUCUAACAUCUACUCUUCAUGAAGCAGCUUGGAAACUGCCGGGCGAGUCUGUAUUUUCCGUCCUCUUGAAAGAGCUGGUAACUGGAGGCAUUCAUUUAUCUGUCAGCUGUUGAUAAAAGGGUCGGCUGACAGCGGAGACGUCUUUCUUGUCCUCCUCACAAACACAAUACUCGGAGGCGACGACGAUGUCAGCGGAGCAAAAGCAUGUGCAUCACUCUCAGACCUAUAAAUCGUCCGUUCCUGACCACGGCAGCCCUCCGCUCUCUGCUGCCAGCACUGAUAACCGGAUUCAGAGGAUUUCUGUCACGCAGCUGACUCAGAUUCAGGACUCGGGAGCCGUAUCUAUCUGUCCUUCUUCUUCUUCACCAGCGAACUGUGUUUGAACUUCACAGGACGAAGAGCCACAAGUGUGUUUAGCCGCAGUGUGUUUGUGGCCUUAAAGGUUUAGAGUUCCUGACUAGGACUUUGCUUUUAAAUACCAACAACACUUGAGCUCGGGGCAGUGAGUCAGCACUGAGGACUUGUUUUUCUUUUCAGCUUCGUUAAAGGUCCUUUGACUGCAAAAGAGCAGCAGGAGACCUGGCUCUCUCUCUUAAGAACAGCGGUGUGAUUUGUGAUAUAUUCCUGCCAGACGACUCAGAACAGUUAGAUCCACAGACACAUUUGUGAUGGACAGCGAUAGGAUUCCAAGUUUGUCAGGGUUCAUAAUCUUGUGCUGAGAUGGACAGAUCCUGAUGCAGCUCCUCUCAUCAUUAGUUUAACCACUUUAUAACAAAGUGAUAUUAUUAAAUGUGACAUUGGCUGAAGGUUAUGUCUCGUGAAUAAUUUGUCUAAUCAUUUUUGUCCGAUGUUCGUAGAGCCGCUCCUUAUUUCAGCGUUGGCCGGUCGCCUCUGCUUUAAAAUGUUGCAGGUAGGUUGCAGCAACGAGUAAGAGAAUUCAAACCCUUUGGCGUCUCAGGAACCUUUCUAUCGAUGCAAAUAUUGUUGUGACAAUUUAUAAACUGUUUCAUAUUCUAUAUCGAUGACUUUAAUAUUUGAAUCAUCAGGCUUCAUAAGAGUGGGGUUUGUUUUGGUUCUGCUUUAUUUACUUCUUUAGCUUCUUGAAGGUGUUGGUAACCUCGGUGCGAAGUGUUUUUAAGUAUUCGGUAUUCAAACCAACAGUUGCAGUAAUUAGCUCUUUCUCACCGACACACACAUGCACACACGUAUUAUAUUUUUUUGCCUCUGCGUUUAUUUUGACAGCUCCCCACUGCUUGGAAAUGAAUCCCACACUGCGUAGGAAAAUGUGAAGCAAUCAAAAUGUAUCAGCUCUCGCUCCUAAAGUAAACAAAUGUGGGGCAAUUACGGUGCAAUAAGUCAACCUGAUGAAAACCUACACAAAUAAACAAACAAUGUGCAAACAAGCAGAGCUUCUACACGUUCUCCGGGAGGCAGUGGUUCAUGGGGAUUACAUCUAUUUAGAAGACUGGAGCCGCUAAUACGGUGGGACGUGGCUUAUUAAUGGUCUGUAUGCUGGUUAUUGAGCUAAAUGUAUGUCGAGGCACUAAUCUGCACUGCUUCAACUGCCGGCACGUCCAUCACUGUCUCUGUGUGUCGGUUGAGUCUCAGGUUGGACGGUUUUAUCUCUGCUGGCUGCCGGUUCUCUGCAAAGUCUUCAAAAAUAAUUAAAUGAAGCUGGGUGUUUUCCCCGAUCUGUAGCUGAGUAAAAUAUUCAGUUUUAGGUCUUUAACUUAUUUUAAGUUGUCUGGAAUAGUUAUUUUAACCUGCACACUCACGUUUGGGUGAGAAUGCAUUGUUGUUUAUGUUAUUUCUAUGUAAUCAUGCUGAGACAAAGAGGUUGACAGCUCACUUUCUAGUUGACUGUUCAAUGCCAGGCGGACUCUUGAGCUUUCAUCUGCUGUGAUUUGGGAUAUCUGCUGCUGGGAUUUCUACCAGCUGGAGUUUGUUUGUUUGUUUGUGCACUCCAGGAACAAUGUACAAGUUACUCUGCAUAAUCCACAGAACACAGUGUCAACAGUUUACAGUUUUCAUUCACUUCUACUUAUUGGACUGCUGUUGAUAUUCCUCGCCCUGUUGUUCCUUAGUAACUCUCACUUCUUCCUGUCUUUGUUCCAGACCGGCCCGAUGAAUCCCAUGACACAGUUGUACUACAAGAAGGCGACGUACUCGCCGUACCGCGACCGCAUCCCGCUUCAGAUCGUGCGGGCGGAAGUGGAGCUGUCUGCAGAGGAGAGGGCCUACCUCACCGCUGUGGAGAAAGGUGACUAUGCGGGGGUCAAACACGCCCUCCGCGAGGCGGAGGUCUACUACAACAUGGACGUGAACUGUCUGGACCCGCUGGGCCGCAGCGCGCUCCUCAUCGCCAUCGAGAACGAGAACCUGGAGAUCAUGGAGCUCCUGCUCGACCACGGCAUCCACACCGGCGACGCCCUGCUGUACGCCAUCAGGAAGGAGGUGGUGGGCGCCGUGGAGCUGCUGCUGUCGCACAGGAGGCCCAGCGGCGAGAAACAGGUUCCCUCGCUGAUGAUGGACAGUCAGUUUUCAGAGUUCACCCCGGACAUAACUCCCAUCAUGCUCGCUGCUCACACCAACAACUACGAGAUCAUCAAGCUCCUCGUCCAGCGGAAGGUCACCAUUCCCAGACCACACCAGAUACGAUGUGACUGUGUCGAGUGCGUGUCCAGUUCAGAGGUCGACAGUCUUCGGCAUUCAAGGUCUCGCCUCAACAUCUACAAGGCUCUGGCCUCGCCCUCCCUCAUCGCGCUGUCCAGUGAAGAUCCCAUCCUCACUGCCUUCAGACUGGGCUGGGAACUCAAAGAGCUCAGCAAGGUGGAGAACGAGUUCCGUCAGGAGUAUGAGGAGCUGUCGCAGCAGUGCAAACGGUUUGCCAAAGACCUUCUGGACCAGGCCAGGAGUUCUAGAGAGCUGGAGACCAUCUUGAACCACAGAGACAACGACCUGAGCGAGGAGCUGGACCCGAGGCAGUGCCACGACCUGGCCAAGCUCAAACUGGCCAUCAAAUACCACCAAAAAGAGUUUGUGUCUCAGCCAAACUGCCAGCAGCUUCUGGCCACGCUGUGGUACGACGGCUUCCCGGGCUGGAGGAGACGACACUGGGUCGUCAAGCUGGUCACCUGCUUCAUCAUCGGACUCCUGUUUCCCUUCUUCUCACUGAUCUACCUGCUGGCUCCGAAGAGCGCUCUGGGCCGCUUCAUCAAGAAGCCCUUCAUCAAGUUCAUCUGUCACACGGCGUCCUACCUGACCUUCCUCUUCCUCCUGCUGCUGGCCUCGCAGCACAUCGCCCGGACCAACCUGCACAUGCAGGGACCCCCACCCACCAUCGUGGAGUGGAUGAUCCUCCCGUGGGUGGUGGGGUUCAUCUGGGCAGAGAUUAAGGAGAUGUGGGACGGGGGAUUCACAGAGUACAUCCACGACUGGUGGAACCUGAUGGACUUCGCCAUGAACUCACUCUACCUGGCCACCAUAUCGCUGAAGAUCGUGGCUUACUUUAAGUACAACUCCUCUCGUCCCAGGGAGGAGUGGGAGAUGUGGCACCCGACGCUGAUAGCCGAGGCGCUGUUCGCCAUCGCCAACAUCUUCAGCUCGCUCAGACUCAUCUCCCUCUUCACCGCCAACUCCCACCUCGGGCCGCUGCAGAUCUCACUGGGGAGGAUGCUGCUGGACAUCCUCAAGUUCCUCUUCAUUUACUGUCUGGUCCUGCUGGCGUUCGCCAAUGGCCUGAACCAGCUGUACUUCUACUAUGAGACCAAGGCCUCAGAGGAACCCAACAACUGCAAAGGCAUCCGCUGUGAGAGGCAGAACAACGCCUUCUCCACGUUGUUCGAGACCCUCCAGUCUCUGUUCUGGUCCAUAUUCGGGCUGCUGAACCUCUACGUCACCAACGUGAAGGCCCGGCACGAGUUCACCGAGUUCGUCGGGGCGACCAUGUUCGGGACGUACAACGUGAUCUCGCUGGUGGUUCUGCUCAACAUGCUGAUCGCCAUGAUGAACAACUCGUACCAGCUGAUCGCUGACCACGCCGACAUCGAGUGGAAGUUCGCCCGCACCAAGCUGUGGAUGAGUUACUUCGACGAGGGCGGCACGCUGCCGCCUCCGUUCAACAUCAUCCCGAGCCCCAAGUCCAUCCUCUACCUGCUGGUGUGGCUCCACAACAAGCUGUGCAGGGGAGGCCAGCUGCCCGGGGAGGACUCGCACAAAUGUGAAAACCUCCGAGAGUUCACGGAACGCCACGCUGACGUUCUGAUCCAGAAUCAGCACUACCAGGAAGUGAUCCGGAGCCUGGUGAAGAGGUACGUAGCGGCCAUGAUACGCAGCGCCAAGACGGACGAGGGACUGACGGAGGAGAACUUUAAGGAGUUGAAGCAGGACAUCUCCAGUUUCCGCUACGAGGUCUUGGAUCUCCUCGGCAACCGGCGUCCUCCCCGGCGUCACUACUCCUCCAGUGAGGCGGCGAGAGACGACGGUGCCAUGGCCUCGGAGGACGACAGCGAAUCGGGCGACGGCGCUGGGGGCCCGAAGUCAAAGGGCGUGACGUUCCUGAACCCGCUGCAGGACGACGACGGGCAGUCGCCGACGCUCGGAGUGUCCGCCUUGGUGUGCUCCAUUUCUGGGAUGACCCGGCUGGAAGGAGGCGUAGAGGGGGAGGAGGAGGAACUGGAGGAGGGCAUUGGAUGGGGGGAAGAGGAGGAGGAAGAGGAGGGGAAACCAAAGAGCAACGGGCUGAGAACGACCGUCAUCCCUCCGUCCUCCACCAACGUCCUCAUGUCCCCGUCCUCAUCGUUCUCCUCGACGUUAUCCUCAUCGUUCGCUCGUACGAGGACCCGACUGCAGCGCCUCUCGACUCCGGGGUCAAAGACGGACUCUUUCAAGCGCCUCUCCUACCUGUUCUCGCGCUCCAAGCGCCGAGCCCCGCCCAUGCCUCUGCCCCUCCAGUCCCCGCCCUCCUACACCAUCUCCGACGGGUUGCUCCGCCCCCUGGGGAGCCACGGCCACGCCGACUUCGGAGUCGUUGGCGUGACCAGGAGCGAGACCCACCUGAAUGAGGUGGGCCGCUCGGUCGACAUCAGUAACCCCUCGUUCUCCCCGCGGAGAACGAACGGGCGGGACUCGCUCCUGACGCUGCCCCUCCCGCCCCCGUGCCCCUGCCAAUCCCUGCACUGUGCUUCCAACAUGUCCGAGUCCAGCUCGCGCCUCCUGGACUCCAGCGAGGACGUUUUCCAGGGCGGAGGCGUGGGAGGAGCGGGCGAGGGCGGCGUGGAUGGAGGAGGGGGGGUGAUGAUUGGCGGGUGGGUGGGACCCUGCGAUGACGUCAUAGAGGACUCCGUGACCACGCAGCUAUAGGAGAGAGGGACAACCAGACUGUUUUUCUUUGUUUGUUUGCUAAAUGGCUGAACAUGUUCAAAGGAAGAGAGACAGAGAGAGCGAGAGAGAGGGGGGGGAGGGGUUCUAGAACUCAGCAGGAUGGGUUCCAGAAUCACGCGCAUUCUAGACGGCAACAAUUUCAAAGAGCGGAGCGGCUUCCGUGAAGGUUCCAGAAGGGAUGCUGACGCCGGGCAGAUGUUCAUAAAAACAGUUUGACAUCAUCUGGGUGGAAUAUGGCGGAUGACACAUUAUCGUUUACUCUUGUCCAUUUAAAAAGAUUGCCCCAUGCAAGUUAGGUAGCAAGCGCUAACUAGAUACCCAGUGGGCAAGCUAGAUAGAAAGCGAAGGAGCUACCAAAGUAAAGAGCCGUUCACGUGCCGCAGCUUGUUUUUGUCAGUGUCGCGACGGCUGCGACCAGAGAUCAAAGAUAGUUCAACUUUUGGAACGAUGCACCGCGUGUCAUGUGACGAGGGACAACCAAUCAGAGCUGAUACCUUCUCUGUAUCAUGUGUCGGUCUAAACGGUCAAAUAAAAGGAGAAGUUAAUGGUUGUAGUGCAGGGCUACCCGGAGCUUCACUAUCCGUCCCUCUGAAUAUAUUCUUCACGUUAACUGUACAAAACUGAUUUAGAACGAAUUAGAAUUAGCGUCCACGUUGUGCUGCUCCCUGCAUGCGUCACUUUCUCCGAUUCUUUCCCAUCACACACACAUAUAGCAGUAGCUGUUUCUAGUAUCUGGGAAUGUUUUACACUCAUUAAACCCCUCAUAGUUUAAAAUUUCAUGACACAAAGAUUCAUAAUUUAACUUGAACUGACAGCGGUGUCAGAUAUGUCUCCUUCUUAAUCACAAAAUCACGCCAAACUGUCUUUAUUGACGUCUGCCUUCUUUCCAAGCCACAAGAGAACGACGGAGGUUGUUUAAAUUGAGAGUACACGAUUUAUUCUUUCUCCUGGGAAGAAUCAAACACGCAUGAUUAUUACGGAGUUACAAGUAGCCAAAGCGACUUUUCAGAAAAGGAUAUAUCUUUAAAAAGUAGAAAAUCCUGUUUUUUUGCCCUUUAACCGCAACACCAACGGAAUGAGAAUCGGAAUUAAAUCCUCUUGAAACCGCCGGAAUUUGAACGGAACAAACCCUUUCAGCCAAAUGGAGCACAUCCGAACUUGAAAUUGCCAAAAACAAUUGACCGUGGACCAGAUGGAAUAACCUCCCCUUUAACUCAGGGUUCUGAUGGAUUUAACCGAAUCGCUGGGUUGAAAGAGAACGACGUGGAACCGUCGCUCUGCUGUCGACAGGCCGCACCCUCUCUCUCUGCAACAACAAGGGCCAA